AAAGCACAGGCUAAGGCUGAGCCUCAGGGAGGCGGGGCGCAGCUUCCUCCUUCCAGAGAGGCUGGACCUGAACAAACCCAGCCUUCCACAGCUGUGGAAACAAAGCAAGGGAGAGACAGAAGGAGAAAGGGACCCAGGGAGACAGACACUUGGAGACACUUGGGGUUGAGUUUGAGCAGGACUCCCUAACUUGUGCCUGGACAAGUCCGAUGUCCUGUGUGGCCCAAGAACUGACCCAGUGUGUGGAGUUGCCACCAUUACUGCAGCCCUGCUGUGGCUCACCAGCUGCUGUCUCCAGGAGCCCCUGAGAAGAUUCGCUUCUUCUCCCCUGCUAAGCUCCAGGUCCUGAGAUUGAAUUAGGGCUGGAGCUCACUGCACCCUAGCAGUCAUGGGACCCAGGAUAGGGCCAGCGAGUGAGGGACCCCAGGUACCAGACAAGGAAACCAAGGCCACCAUGGGCACAGAAAACGCACCUGGAGGCAAAGCCAGCCCAGACCCUCAGGACGUGCGGCCAAGUGUGUUCCACAGCAUCAAGCUGUUCGUCCUGUGCCACAGCGUGCUGCAGCUGGCACAGCUCAUGAUCUCUGGAUACCUCAAGAGUUCCAUUUCCACAGUGGAGAAGCGCUUCGGCCUCUCCAGCCAGACGUCUGGGCUGCUGGCUUCCUUCAACGAGGUGGGGAACACAGCCUUGAUUGUGUUUGUGAGCUAUUUUGGCAGCCGGGUGCACCGGCCCCGAUUGAUUGGCUGUGGGGCCAUCCUUGUGUCCCUGGCGGGCCUGCUCAUGACUCUCCCGCACUUCAUCUCGGAGCCGUACCGCUACGACAGCACCAGCCCCGAGAAUACACCACAGGACUUUGAGGCUUCCCUGUGCCUGCCCACAGCCUCGGCCCCAGCCCCAGCUCCCACCAACGGCAACUGCUCGAGCUCCACGGAAGCCCAGCAUCUGGGUUUGGUGGGGAUCAUGUUCGUGGCACAGACCCUGCUGGGUGUGGGCGGGGUGCCCAUUCAGCCCUUCGGCAUCUCCUACAUCGAUGACUUUGCCCACAACAGCAACUCGCCCCUCUACCUCGGGAUCCUGUUUGCAGUGACCAUGAUGGGGCCAGGCCUGGCCUUUGGGCUGGGCAGCCUCAUGCUGCGCCUUUAUGUGGACAUUAACCGGAUGCCGGAAGGUGGUAUCAGCCUAACCAUAAAGGACCCCCGAUGGGUGGGUGCCUGGUGGCUGGGCUUCCUCAUCGCUGCUGGCACAGUGGCCCUGGCUGCCAUCCCCUACUUCUUCUUCCCCAAGGAAAUGCCCAAGGAAAAGCACGAGCUUCAGUUCCGGCGAAAGGUCUUAGCAGUCACAGACUCACCUGCCAGAAAGGGCAAGGACUCUCCCACUGAGCAGAGGCCUGGAGAGUCCACGAAGAAGCAGGAUGGCCCAGUCCAAAUUGCACCAAACCUGACUGUGAUCCAGUUCAUCAAAGUCUUCCCCAAGGUGCUGCUACAGAACCUACGCCACCCCACCUUCCUGCUGGUUGUCCUGUCCCAAGUGUGUUUGUCAUCUAUGGCUGCGGGCAUGGCCACCUUCCUGCCUAAGUUCCUGGAGCGCCAGUUUUUUAUCACAGCCUCCUAUGCCAACCUGCUCAUCGGCUGCCUCUCCUUCCCUUCGAUCAUCAUGGGCAUUGUGGUGGGUGGUGUCCUGGUCAAGCGCCUCCACCUGGGCCCCGUGGGCUGCAGUGUCCUGUGCCUGCUGGGGAUGCUGCUGUGUCUCUUCUUCAGCCUGCCGCUCUUCUUCAUCGGCUGCCCCAGCCACCAGAUUGCAGGCAUCACCCACCAGCCCGGUGCCCAGCCUGGGCUGGAACUGUUUCCAGGCUGCAUGGAGGCCUGCUCCUGCCAAUCGGAUGGCUUUAAUCCUGUCUGUGACCCCAGCGCUCGUGUGGAAUACAUCACACCUUGCCACGCAGGCUGCUCAAGUCGGGUGGUCCAGGAUGCUCUGGACAAAAGCCAGAGUCCUCCCACCUCUCACUCUCCUGCUGGGCAUCAGCAUCCAAGCCCGAGGCUCCUCCAGGGAGAGACCUGGGCUGCACCAGCUGGUGCAGAAGAACCUGUUGAUGGUUUUCUACACCAACUGCAGCUGCGUGGCGGGGGACAACCCUGUGCUGGCGGGAUCCUGCGACUCAACCUGCAGCCACCUGGUGGUGCCCUUCCUGCUGCUGGUCAGCCUGGGCUCGGCCCUGGCCUGUUUGACCCACACACCCUCUUUCCUGCUCAUCCUAAGGGGAGUGAAGAAAGAAGACAAGACUUUGGCCGUGGGCAUCCAGUUCAUGUUCCUGAGAAUUUUGGCCUGGAUGCCCAGCCCCGUGAUCCAUGGCAGUGCCAUCGACACCACCUGUGUGCACUGGGCCCUGAGCUGUGGGCAUCGAGCUGUCUGUCGCUACUACAAUAAUGACCUGCUCCGAAACCGGUUCAUCGGCCUCCAGUUCUUCUACAAAAUAGGUUCCAUGAUCUGCUUUGCCUUAGUUUUGGCUGUCCUGAGGCAGCAGACCAAGGAGGCAAGGACCAAGGAGAGCAGAUCCAUUCCUGGCCUGGAGCAGCAACUGCUAGUGUCAGAGCCGGGGAAGAAGUCGGAGGACUCCCGAGUGUGAGCUGUCCUGCGGCCCCACCUGGCCAAGAGCGGCAGCCACAGCAGUACCUCCUCUGGGCCCUUUGCCAAAGAUUGGAUGUCAAGAGCUCUAUGUUCCAUUCUGGCUCCUCCACUAAAUUGCUGUGUGACUAUGGGCAAGGCACUGAUCCUCUCUGAGCCUUUGCUUGCUAGUCUGAACCAAAGAGUUGUUUGGGGUUUGCUGUGUUGGGCAUCUUUGAAGCAAGAGGUUCUUCCUCUUUCUUCCCCUAGUCAGCCAGGUCCAGGUUUUCCUGGGUGGAAGGACUGCAUACCUUUCCCUGGGGCCUAGGAGAGCGAAGUGGGCCGUAGUAGGCCAGGCUGCCCUCCAUGCUGGGCCCUAGCCCAGGUCUACACUCGCCUGGAUCACCUUCUUUGAGCCUCAGCCUCAGUGGGAAUGGACUUGCCAGCCUUCAGGCUCAUCCAGCUGUGACCAUCUGUGCGGCUAGGGUACAUUCAGGUCUCCUUCCCAACUUCAGCAGCCUUUAAGAAGUGGCCCUUUGGCGCCCCCUGGAGGCAGAGCACUGAGCCGGACUCUGGAUAGACCCCCCACAGGGAGGAAGGAGCUGGCCUUAGGCGCAAACACCCAGACUUGGCAGGGUCUUCAGGAGGCCUGUGGUGGGGCCUCAGAAAGCCUUAGCUGAAGCGGGAAGACUCACUCUCCAUCUAAGGAAGUUCUAGCCCUUGCCGUCGAAAAGCCACGGUUGAGGUGUGAGGCCCAGCACCUGUCUUAGGGGCCCUGGGUGGGCAAGUCUGGGCCCUGGAGUAGGGAGGGAGACUCAGGCUCACACUUGGGUAUUUUCUAAUUUCAGAAAAACACACACUCAGUGUGCACUCAGUGAUCCCUACACAUUGCCAAGAUUUCAUAUAUGUGACCAGGGGCCACCAAAGUCUUCUGCGACCUUUGUGAAUAGGAUUCUAAUUUCUCUGUUUCCUCCUGGGUGCCUAGGUCUGUGUCACCUGGGGCUGCAUGAAUAAUGUCUAGUUCUGUGACACUGUAUUUUCGGGGGUGGCACCUGGUUCUCCAGAUGCCUGGGCUGGCGUCAUGCCCAGGACUAUAGUGCUGGGAGCAGUAAAGCUCAGCUCUGUGUAGUAAGUGAUGCUAUGGCUUGCUUGGAUCUGAUGUUCCAAACCUUUUCUACAUCAGGCCUUGUUUUGUUUUAUGGCUAGUCGUAUCUGGCCUGGUUAUUUCCCUGCGGGGAGGAGAGAGUUCGCUGAUCUGCUCCCAGCCCAACCUAUUGUCACUAUACACCCCACCUGGCUGGGACCUGCUGCUGGGGAGCAGCAGACAGGGAGCCACCAGCAGUGUGGCUUCCUGGCCCUGUGCUGGGGACUGGGGAGAAGCUGGGGUCACAUGCAGCUCUUGCCUUCUGAGAAGCUCUCAGUGCUUGGACUUUGAGACUUUCCCAUGUGAUAAAAUAAAAAGGGUAAAUUAGUUCCAUUUGUAAAAGGGUUACUCUCAUACUCCUUAUGUACAGAAAUCACAUGAACAAUAAAGGUUCCAUAAUGCAUAAAAAAUAAAAUAAAAAGGAAAGGUACAGAA